AUGUCGGCAGUAAACAACAUUUCUUGGGCUUGGGCAAAGAACUGCACCUACUCCAAUGAUCUGGCCCUUCCUUUGGUUCCAUACAUGGACUGUCCGUCCAACCGCAAGUACAUCUCAUCCUCCAUAUCUUUUGUCUUUUAUGGACUUACCAUUUUUGGGACAAUUGGUAAUCUCUGGAGCCUGUGGGCUUGCAUGCGGCCAUCCCAACCUUGGAGUAUUGGGUCCAUAGGUGUCCUGAACAUGGCCCUGUGUGAUCUUGCCUAUCUGGCCUCUGUAGGACCCUGGGCUGCCUACAUUUGCUCGGACUACCACUGGAAAAUGGGCCGCCCACUCUGUUUUGUGGUGAAAAUCCUUUACUUUGCCGGGAUGACUUCUAGCACAAUGUUUAUCUGCGCCAUCAGCACCGAUCGUUUCCUUGCAAUUGUGUUUCCUUUUCAGUCCCGAAUGAUCCGCACCCCUCGAAACACUGUACUGGUUUUCCUUCUGCUCUGGGCCAUCACUGCCAUCUUCAUUUACUUUAAUUAUCCAAACAUCAUUUACUGGAUCAGGGAGGAUGGCAUCCAUGUAUGUGGCGCGGUGGUGGUGUCUACAUUGAGGGAAAGUGAAACGACCUACAAUCUCCUAUCCUACUAUGCCAUUCAGGUGUCCAUCCCACUGCUCAUCAUCAUACCGUCCUAUGUAAAAAUAAUUUCCCGGAUGAAGCAGUCGCGGCAGCAGUGGGGCCCAGGCAACAUGCAGGGCCUGGACAAGACCAUCUGGCUGAUUGCAGUUUUCAUUGCCAACUUCCUGGUGUGUUGGGUGCCAGCUCAGCUGCUUCACAUCAUUGCCUGUAUCAUUUUCUACACUUUGGAUUUUUGUAAAAAUGCUUGCUGGGUCGCAUGGGUGGUCAACCUUCUCUCCGAAGUCUCCCAAAUACUGUACUGUCUCAAUGCGUGUCUCGAUCCUCUAAUAUUCCACAUGCAGUGGGGACCUGGAGAACCGCCUCCUAUGGUUGUGUUGGCAAACUGGGCUAGAAAGGUCUUACGGGUAGGUAGGAAACAAGAUUUAGCUGGACCAUCAGAGGAACCCGUCGGAGUGAUCCAGGUGAACGAUGGAUCCAAAAACACAACAGAAAAAACCUGA